CUACAUAAUAAAUUCAAGGUUAUGAUCACAUUCCUCCUCUGAGGUAUCAGGUUUUCCAAAUGCCUCCCCAAGUAUCAGAAAUUCUUAAAAACCUCCCCUCAAAUUUCAACAUUCAUGUUCUAUAUCUUUUUGUUGCUGGAGGCUGUCUUAGCUGUGUGAAAGCUGAAAAAAGAGGGAGGGUAUGGGAAACAGGAAGGUAUCUGAUAAUAACCCUAUAUUCAUACACGCUUCAGAAAAUAAACUCAUGGCUUUGUCUUCUAUAUUGCCUUUUUUUUCUUUCUCUGUAUUUCUUCUACUAUUUUUAUCUUACAUUGCUGCUGAGCCAGAAAUUCUGUACAAUGACUGUUAUGUCAACAGUAUAAAUGACAACACCACUUUGGCUUACCGAGUAAACCUCAAGAUCCUUUUAGAUUCCCUCCCCAACACCACCCCCCUAUACAAUGGAUUUUACUAUUCCUCUUAUGGGGAAAAUUCUGACAAAGUUUAUGCAAGGGCAACUUGUAGACCAGACAUGGAUCUGGAAAGUCGUCGAGAUUGUGUAACUUUCGCCACUCGGAACCCGACACUUCUCUGUCCCAAGUUGGGCAUGGCACUCUUCGGAUAUGAUGAUGGAAUUUAUACUAAUUGUAUGUUACGUUAUGCACAAUAUGACAUGAUUGGCGUAAUGGAAAAUGCUCCUUUUUUUUUUGUGCAUGCGGAAAGUAACAUCACACAAAAUGUGGAACAGUUCAAUCAAACGCGGCACAGAUUGUUGCAGAGGCUAACAAGUGAAGCUGCAGCUCGGGUUCCUGACAAGUAUGCUACUGGAAAACAAGUAGUUUCAGGAAGUUUAACAUUAUAUGGACUUGUUCAGUGCACUCCUGACUUAACCGAAAGUAAAUGCAAUGAGUGCCUCAAUGAUGCCAAUAAACUUAUGCCAAAUUGUUGUGAAACAAGCCAAGGGGGAAGAGUAAUAACCCCAAGCUGUAAUUUCAGAUACGAGAUAAGCGAAUUCUACAAGUCUUCAAUUGUAGAACCUCCAGUCCCCUCUUCAACACCACCACCCGGAAAGAAGAACAAUAAUUUCAUCAUUAUUGUAGUUGUUUCGGUUGCUAUAUCGUUGAUACUAAUCGUAGGCAUCAUCAUCUUUAUAAGAUGGAGGAAAUCGGAGAAGAAAGAUCAAAAUGUGGAAGAUAUAAAAGAUGCAGCGUCGUCCUUACAGUUCGACUUCAGCACCAUAAGGAUUGCCACAAAUAACUUCUCUGAUGAUAAUAAGCUUGGACAAGGUGGAUUUGGAACGGUAUACAAGGGCAUGCUUUCCAACGGACAACAAGUAGCUGCUAAGAGACUGUCCUCACAUUCUAAACAAGGAGAACUGGAAUUUAAGAACGAGGUCCUACUAGUUGCCAAACUUCAGCAUAGAAAUCUGGUUAGGCUCCUUGGCUUCUGCUUGGAACGAAAUGAAAGGAUUCUCGUUUAUGAAUUUGUGCCUAAUUCAAGUCUCAAUCGCUUCAUAUUUGGUAAGAUUGUGCUUGAACUGGUAAUUCAGGAUGCUUUUGAUGUUUUCAAUUUCAAAUCCCUUGAUGUUUGAAAUUGCAGAUCCAAUCAACCGUGAAAAUAUGAACUGGGAAAUGCGUUACAAGAUCAUAGGAGGCAUUUCUUGAGGGCUACUUUAUCUCCAUGAAGACUCAAGACUUCGAAUUAUUCACCGUGAUCUCAAAUUAAGUAAUAUUUUGUUAGACUCAGAUAUGAAUCCGAAAAUUUCUGAUUUUGGUAUGGCAAAAUUGUUUGAAAUGGAUCAGAGUCAAGGUGACGCAAAUCAAGUCGUGGGGACCUUGUAAGUAUAUAAAAAUUAAGCUUAACCAUUUACAUACAGUGGAAAUUGUUGUGACAAAAAGGUGGAAAUUUCUGAUUAUAUGCAGUGGGUAUAUGGCUCCAGAGUAUAUAAAGCAUGGGCGAUUCUCAGUUAAAUCGGACAUUUACAGCUUUGGCAUUCUGAUUUUAGAAAUCGUAAGCGGUCAGAAGAGAAGUGGUUUUGAAAUCCAAAAUGAAUCGGACGACCUUCUAACCUAUGCAUGGAAAAGCUGGAACGAAAGGUCAGCUGUAAAUCUAAUAGAUCCUGCUAUGAGGGAUAAUCCAAAAACUGAAAUGAUGAAAUGCAUCCACAUUGCCUUGUUAUGUGUUCAGGAAAGUGUCUCUGACAGACCAAGCAUAGGUUCAGUUGUUUCUAUGCUUAACAGCGACUCUCUCAAUCUCCCAGCGCCUAAAAAACCUGGAUUCUAUAUGCAUACUACAACAGAAUCACAGACGACAUCGUCAUCUUUUGAGCAGUCUCGGUCAAAUAACUUAAAUCGACACCGAAUUGAAGGCACAACAUUAUCACAAAAUGAGGUUUCAAUUACCGAGCUAUAUCCUAGAUAGUGUGAGUGAAGUUGAAAUGGGCCUUCUAGGAGCAGCUUCCUGGAAAUAGAAGAGUAGGGUGACCAAUCGCAUCUAUGGGUAUUAAAUGAUUAAGGGAUUUUAAAUUAAAGACUUAGUCACAUGAGAAUUUGCAUGUGAGUGUAUUUUUUUUUUUUCUUGGGGUUGCAGUUUAUGCAAUUAAUGUUGAGAAGAGAAUUUGCAGUA